GUCGACCAACAUUCUGAAUAUCUUCAUACCAAGCUGCGAUACAAGCAGUGCACCACGCCGAGUCCUAUCGUUCGCGUCCAGGCAAAGGGCACCUCCAUACCAACCUUGUUUGGUGGAAACGAUAUCUCCUCAUGUCGGCGCCCACGCCAGCUGCCGAUGAUGCCAAUGGCCACGCCAGCCCACCCUCGCCGCCUCGUGUGACUGCCCCUGCGGCGGCCACCGUCACUCAGAACCCGGAGCUCGAUGUCGCGAAAUUGCAGUCGCUUCCCGCCGAGCAGCAGGAUCUAUAUCUUUUGACUUUUGUUUCCAGCCUCCGCAAACACGUCAAGAGCCUUCCCGCCGACGACUGUACCGCUCAGCAGUUCUAUCUGAAGAAGGAGGCUUUCCAGGUCAUCAACCUCUCUGUCCCCUCCCCGAGCCGCGUCGUAAGGACUGAUAUCGGCCAAGUACUGGCCCAUGUCUUCCAAAACGGCGAUCGGAAACUCCUCUUCGAAACCGUCAACGAUCUGGUCGCCAUCAUUGCCAACUCAAAAGUCAAGACCGACGCCGAGACUAGAACGAGGCAUGCUGCUGUAACAUGCCUCGGCGACGUCUACGCUGCCGCAGGCGACAGUGCCGUUCCUCUUCACCAGUUGGCAUGUGGUGCCCUCAUCAAGCUCCUCAGGGCCACUUCGGCCAAUGCCGGCCUGCGCACCGCCAUACUCGUCUCCCUCGCCAAGGUUGCUGCCAUGAUUGGCCCCAGCAUGGAUGAGAACAUCGCCCGCGAUAUAUGGAAACAGUCUCGAGCAGUCGCCUCUGGGGACAAAGGCCAUCUGUCCGUCGUCGCCGCUUGUCGUUGCUUGAGGGCUCUGGCCAAGCACACCGCAUAUUUCGACAAUUCGGGCGACUUCGACAAGCUGAAAGAUGCCCUCUUCAAAGCCUUUGACUCGGCUUCUUCUCCCGUGCGCCAAGCUGCUGCUGACUGUCUGGCUGAUGCCAUGGUCAAAAGCCAUUCCGAGAUGAGCGCCAUCGGGAGCGCAGUCCCUAUGAUCAAGAGACCAAAGUCAAAGGCUGCAAAGCGCGCUUCUGUCCAGCCCGGUGCAAAUCUCGUCGACGACGACGAUAUCCCCUCGCGACCAGGAAGCCCUGCUCCUGGUGGGAGGAAGACACAGGUCUUGUCGCUGACACUGAUUGACAUGCUCAAGACCUUGUCCACCCACUACGUGAGGCUGUCCACAACCAACAGAGCAAGGGCUGCCCUUGGUGUCUGCUAUGGCAGACUGCUUAGAAGACUCGGCGAGAAGACCGUCGAGGUCAACUAUCUGAAGAUUAUGGAAAACCUGACGGUCGACCUUCUAGGCAAUUCAAAUGUGACCAACAAUCGCUACCGCUUGCUUACCUCCCGUCGAAUCGUCGAUUCCAUCCUUCGGAGCACAGUUGGCCAGCGCAUUCUCGGCGAGUCCGGUCAGGUAGCCGCUGCCACGGCUAUCAUCAACGACGUCUUGAAAAAUUAUCCCCAGGCACUCCCGGAGCGUCCUGAACCAAGCAAACACACACUGAUCGCUGCUCUUGGUGCCGUGGCAUCUCUCAUUGACUCUCUGGGGUCCGCCGCCAACAACUUUGCCGAAGCUUGCCGCGAUGGCCUUCUACAGGUCUUACAGCACCCUAGCUAUAGUGUGCAAGUGCAUGCAUCAUAUUGCAUGAAGAGUUUCGUCAAGGCAUGUCCGCAACAAUUGCUGCCAUGUUUGUCCGUGUGUAUGAAUAGUCUGAGCCGGGAACUGUCCCAACUCGGCACAGGGCGUAACUCUCCAAGGAGGUGUAUCGGUUUCGCCCAUGGUCUGGCCGCCACCCUCAGUGCCAGCCCGGCUCGUCCCUUGUAUGGAUCCGUUGACAUCAACAGCCGCGUUUUGACCAUGGCCACCAACCUACUCAAGUCGAGUGGAAAAUCGGAGCUCCGCGUUUCGAGCACACAGAUACAAGUUGCCUGGAUACUGAUAGGCGGUCUCAUGUCCCUGGGCCCCAACUUCGUCAAGAUUCACCUGUCCCAACUGCUGCUCCUCUGGAAGAACGCCCUCCCCAAGCCCUUGGCUAAGGACAAUACAUCACAGCGCAGCCUGCUGGAGGCCUCAUUCUUGACCCACGUCAGGGAAUGUGCGCUUGGAUCUAUCCUCUCCUUUUUGCAGUUUAACAGUCGGCUUUUGACAGUGGAUGUUUCGAAGCGUAUAGCAGCCAUGCUGCAAAGCACCACUGCUUUCCUCCGAACCCUGCCAUCCAAAAAGGUCAGCGAUGACAUCUCACAAAGACUGACUCCAGCAUUGCAACUACAGGACCUCGACCUCAUGGUCCAACGCCGUGUUCUCCAGUGCUACAUGAAGCUAGUCAAUCAGAGCCCUGCUGGGGGUAGCGAGGCAUUGUUACAGUCUAAUUUGCUCACAUUGGCAAUCUCCCUAUUCGCUGACCCAGAGAACUACGUCGGCAACUCCCUUAGUGCAUCUAUAGCCAAUGCCGCCGGUACGUUUGAGUCCGUUUGGGAGGUUGGCGAUAAUUCUGGGUUUGGUGUGACUGGCCUCAUCAAUGGGUUCCGGCUCCAGAAGCUCCCUGGAGAGCAGGAGGGCUUGAGCGAACAACCAACUUCUGAUGAGACAGACCCGGAGGAAUUGAUUGAUGACCUUCUCAAGUCACCCGUAUGUCAAGCUCUUGAGCACGAUGCAGCCAUGCUCUACGUCACGAGCCUCGACAAGUCCCACAUACUACCUGACCCGCCGGCCACCCAAGUCAUCAACAUGGCCAUCCAGCUGUUCGCCUUCGUCUUCCCUUUGACCCCUGCCAAAGUCCAGGAGAGUAUUCUGGAGCAACUAGCUACUUUCAUGUCUGCAGGCGUUCUACAGCGCGAUCCCGGUCGCAAAGCAGCCAUGGAUGUCAAUAUCUCUGCAGCACUCCUGUAUAGCUUGAAGGUGGCCUCCAAGGAAACAACGUCGCCGCCAGGAGAUGUUACAAACCUGGCAGUAGAAAGACUUCUCCAGGAGGUUGUCCGGGGGUUUGUUGUAGACCCGGACCAGUACAUCCGCCGACUUGGCUAUGAAACGAUUGCGAGGCUUUGCAAUACAUGCGGCAACGCUUUCACUAACAGUGAAAUCAAGCACCUCGUCGACACUAUCGUCGGCAACAGGGAGCCUAGUGCGCGAGCUGGAUGUGCCAUGGCUCUCGGAUGCAUACAAGCGAAAGUCGGGGGCAUGGCUGCAGGCUACCAUCUCAAGACUAUAUUAGGUAUUCUGAUGUCGCUCUGUAACGAUCCGCACCCCACCGUUCACUACUGGGCUCUGGAGGCGCUCUCUCAGGCAGCCGACGCGGCUGGGCUGGGGUUCGCCCCGUUCGUGUCGAGUAGUUUGGGAAUGCUGGCACAACUAUACCUGUCGGAUACCCAUCAUCCUGAGAUACCCUCAGCCAUUUCGAUGAAUCUCGAAACGGAGUUGUCUACAGCAGGCUCUAUCACACGUUGCAUUGAUUCGAUGAUUAAUGUGCUAGGACCCGAUCUACAGGACUCGACAAAGUCGCGGGAAUUGAUUCUUACAUUGGUCGGUCAGCUCCAGGAUGAAACCAACGUGCUUGUUCAACGCGCAAGCCUGAGCUGCUUGGAACACCUUUCGCUCUAUGCACCAGGAAACAUGGUUUUCGUAGACUAUGUGAAGCUUCUCCAAACCCAUCUCAACGGCGAGCGUCCGUCUCUGCGAGACGCUGCUGUAGAUGGUCUUUACAACCUGAUGAAGCGAAACCCUCGGGACGUGUUUGAUGCGGCCGAUCCGGGUCUAGAGGACCAGUUCUGGCUCGUUCUCGAUUCUUGUCCUGGCCAUGAUGGUGCCCGCAACAUUGUUCGCAACUGGAUACGUCAAACGUCCUUGCUUGACACAACGUCCUGGUUACUACGCCUUCAAAAUGUCCUCAGGAUGACGAGGCCGAAGGCAAAAGAGGAACGCCGUGCUGGUAUGGGCAAACCGACGGUAGCUCUGGACCUUCAGGACGAAGAGGUUGCAGGGUUUGCGGGUAUUGCCAAGGACGAAAAAGACCAGCCAGCGAGCUCGGAGGUUGAGCCAUUGCGCUGGCAAGUCCGAACUUUUGCAAUGAGCUGUUUGAACGAGAUAUUCAUUCUUGUCAACAAAGACAUUGCAACCAAUGGUGAAUCACCGGCACAGACAGCUCUACAAGUACGCAUCGCUGACGUCGUGCGCAUGGGGUUUUCCGCCUCUACGUCGAAUGUCCUAGAAUUAAGGAUAUGGGGGUUGAAGAUCAUUGGAGCUGUGCUGCGCAUGUUUGGAAAAACGCCGGAUCCUGACUUUGACGAAGCCAUGCUCCUCGAACAGUACCAAGCACAAAUCAGCUCCGCCUUGACGCCAGCUUUCGCUGCUGACUCUUCACCUGAGCUAGCUUCCGAAGCUGUAAACGUUUGCGCAGCCUUCAUAUCUACCGGCAUCGUGACCGACGUUGAUCGGAUGGGGCGCAUCCUGAAAACGCUCGUCACUGCCCUGGAGAAUUUCUCGAAGGACUCUGAAAAUGCAGGGAUAGGAGAUCUGCAAUGCCUCAGCUCGAACGCCCAAAUCAUGGUCAAAAUGUCUGUGUUUUCCGCCUGGGCUGAUCUGCAAGUGGCUAGUCUGGAACAAAAAUACCUGCUGGACGUCCUAAAGCCGCAUAUCGGAACCCUCACUCCUCUCUGGCUGGCUUCACUGAGAGAAUUCGCACGACUACGCUUCGAGCCUGACAUCUCGAUGACUCUUGGGCCGCCUUCACUCUCGGGUAGUCUUGAUACCAUAUAUGCUGCGUUAAACCGUGAAACGCUCUUGCGGUUCUAUCAGGACUCGUGGUUGAAGCUUGUUGAUGCCAUCGCCAGUCUCAUAGAGCAGGACAGUGAAUUUGUGUUCGAUGCCCUCGAUGGCAAAGAAACCGAAGGACCUUCACCCAACGGCGAAUCGAAAGGAGUCGAUAUCAACUAUCGAGAUGAGCCUGUUGCCUUCUUUUUUGUUCUUUUCGGCAUCGCGUUCGAAGCUUUGGCGACUCGUCCCGGCCAGGCAGAUUCCCUUGCGACCCAAGAACAGACGCUUGAGAUCCUGCAGGCUCUCAAAAAGAUACUACAUCCCAGCGUUUCCGGUCAUGCUAUCUACAGAGAAGCCAUAUUUUCCGAAACCAUGGACUUGCUCGACAGACUUGUACUAACCGAAGGGCUCGAUGUGCAAGGCGUAAUUGUUGAAAUAGCUAGGGCUCUGUGUGUUUCUCAUCCUUCUGCGCGUAAGCAGGGACAGGCUGAGAGUGGCGACUUGUCGGAAGAUAUCGAGCAACUUUUCGAGCUCACUCGCAUCAUUGUCCUCGUUCUCUCUGGCCUCCUUCCGAACCUCAGCGAUACAAAUCAGCCCGUCCGCCACCAGUUAACCGAGGAAGCGGUCCUGUUGAUACGGUCGGCUCUCAAUGCCAUAGUCGACGCAGCUGAAGUCUUCCCUACGAUUAUCAAGACGGAUCUUCAUGCUUGCAUCAUUCAUAUCUUUGCGACUAUCUUGGCCACGCCAUCUUGUCAGGAAGUCAUUGUUCCGCAAGCUUUGCCGAUACUCAAACGAUUCAUGAUGAGCAUAUCCGAUUUACCAUCAGCAGCAAACACGAACUCCAAUUCCAGCGCACAGCUACAGGGAUGUCUGCGCCGCUUCUUGUCCAUAUACUUGAACGCCCAGAAACGCGAAUCUUCCAACUCACUCACAUGUGUCAAGAACUGUCUUCUCGCUGUCACCGUCCUUUUUACUGGAGGAAAUAACCGCCUCGCAGCCAACGAUCCGGUAGUUGUUCGCUUCCUUGAUGAGCUCGUAGACUGCCUCACGGACCGAAUGACUGCCAAUAUCGCCGCUAAUUGCGUUCGCUCUCUACUUCUGCAACCGUCGCCGAGCCCUGCUGAUCAGUCCAUCGUGCGAUAUCUUCUUCCUCGGCUCAUCGUCUUCGUGACGAACACGGAGCCAGAUGAUCCAGAGAAUGCGCGCCGCCUUGUCUCACAAACGUUGACGCACUAUGUGACAAGCGUGGGCAACGAACAUGCUCAAAUCGUCAUGGCGGUCGUUGUGCCAGCUCUCCUUUCGCGUGCGUCAACCGAGGGCGCUGAGGUAUAUCGGGAGACCAGCACGAGGCUGCUGGAGAUGGCAUCUGUGGACCAAAUUGCCUUUAGGGGUAUAGUAGCUGCUAUGACUGAAGGGCAAAGGGCCUUCAUGGAGGAAGUCAUCAAGUCAGGACGUGCGACUGGUGACAGUGGGAAAGGUGCUACCGAUGCAGGUGGCCAGCCAAGCAUUGCGCUUAAAAUGGACUUCGGAGCCUAGGGGUGUAUUUACACGGCGUUGUGCGUGCCGAUGGGAUCAAGCUGGCGUGAUUGGGUAAGGAGCUACGCCUCAUAGGCUGCAUGAGCCAAAGAAUUAGACGAAUAACAUGAUAUGAUAAUAGUCAUCCUCAAGCAGCAUCUCGUCGUUCACCUCGACCUCGUCGAAAUGCCUCAAGCCAGCCCACUUAGAAUGUAACAGUCAAAACGCGCUAAUUGUCUAUCCGAGUGAAGACUAGGAUAGAGGGCCAAGAUUGUUCCAAUGUUGCUCUGUCCAAAGAUGG